GAAUUUUAAAAGUUAAAUUUAAUAUAGGCUGCAGUCUUAAUUAAUUAUUUGUAAUAACGUUAACUAUAACAAUGGCUGACCAACGUAUUCGCUAAUACUGUUUAGUACGUAUGCACUGGUUUGUAUUGAUCCGAAGGGCGCCAAAACAGAAACAGUAGUACUCAGAAAAUUGAUUCGUUCGAACGUGUUUGCGACGAAAACAUGCUUUAAAUAUUAUUGUUUUUAAUAUUUAACGAUGUCGUCUUGUGCUGUAUUAUGGUGCGGGAAAAGCAGUAGAUUUUCCUGCUCAAAAACCGACCAAGUAACCUUUCAUCGAUUCCCAAAGGACCCAGAAAUAAAACAGCAAUGGAUUGAUGCGACAAAACGCGAUAACUGGUAUCCAUCCAACUUCAGCGUUAUUUGUUCGCGACAUUUCACAGAAGAGUGCUAUUAUGCGAUUAAACCUCGAAGACGUUUAUUCGAUGAUGCGGUACCUACAGUUAAUUUGCCUGUUAUUACAUUCGAUUCGUUAAUAAAUGAACUCGAAUCGGACAAACAUUUUAAAGCUUCGUCACUCGCAUCAGCUCAAGAACCGAUAUCGAUAAUGUUGCCAUUAGAAGAGAGAGAUUCCCCCGAACCCGUUACAGAAGCACAAAUAGAUUACCAAGAAUUGUACAAAGAAAUAACUUCGUACAACAUUAAAAGACUAUGUGAUCGUAUUUCUGAAUUAAAAGAAAGUGUCGACCAGAAAGACUUGAAUGUACGACGUUUACGAGAACAAGUGCGUUAUUUUAAAAGACAAAUAGUGAUUAUGGAAAAAACGAUACAAGAUUUUGAUGAAAAAUGCAACGUAAACGAAGAAAAUGAAAAUUUUCUUGUUAAAAUAACUAAUCCAGAGAACGGAGAUCCAUGCAAAUAUGAUAUUAAACAAGAGCCAAAAAAAACAAAGAAAAGAAAUCGGAAAGGGAAAGCGAAAAAAAAAUAUAGUUAAGUGAAAAUAAAAGAGGCUUUAAAAUAUGAAUAUUCAUUUGUGAUAGCUGUGGUAAUAUCAUCAACGCCAGUUUGUAAAGAACCGUAUCGAAAUUAUAUGUCAUUGUUUAUGAUGUUCGUAAUUCAUUGUAAGUAUUAAUCGUAAAACAUUGCUUUAGUUUGCGAAUUGUAUUUGUGUAUUUAUUCGAUUAUGAUACAAUGGUGACUAAAUGCUUUGCGUAACUUUUUUCAAGACAUUUGUACGAUUAUAAUCAUGAAUUCUUAAUUAAAGUUGAGUGCAUAAAGUAUUCACGGGUGUAAAAUAAGAUAUUUAUAAUGCUUUUUAAUAUUUAAAACAUAUCCAAAAAUAAAUUUUAUAUUCCAUUGUAACUUUUUUCCUUCUUACU